AUGAUCCAACCAGCUUGCAUACUUUUUUUAUUAACCCUGCCCUGGUCGCAAAGUCUCUCGGAUCCGUAUAUAAACUGUUCUUAUGGAGCAAAAAGAAUUAAUAUUAAGGAGGUGCCAUGGCUGGCAUCGGUUCGUUCUGAGAAUAGGCACAUUUGCAUCGGCACUAUCAUCAACACCAACUCUAUACUGAUUACCUCGACCUGUUUGACAGAGCGCAAUAAAACUUCUGUCCGGACCCACGAUCUAGCUACUGUCACGGUGCGCGUUGGCAUAAGGGAUCGAGACUCGGGAACUGGAGUGAAAGUCUGCAACGUAAUUCACCAUCCGAAGGACAGCACGUAUCCUCAGGACAACAGGCUAGCUUUGCUGAAACUCUGCAAACCCCUGAUCUUCUCCGCAGAGGCCAGGGAAAUCGCAAUUGUCGACAAGCAGCCCCAGAAGGACGCCAAAGUCUCAAUAAGUGGAUGGGGUUCCCUCACCAGGUGGCGAUUUCCAUACCUAAAUUGCGGCGAGCUCUUAUGGCAAGUCGAUGACCAUCUCAUUGAUGUGAAGGCAUGCGCCGCUGAACGAAUUGAGCAUUUUAAGUUGGCCAAAUCAGACCGCACCAUUUGCUUGGCCAAAAAGGGGACAAUCUGCUCCUACGACAAUGGAGCUCCUUUGGUAAUCGAAGGCAAACUGGCGGCGAUAUUAUACUUCGGCAGUUGUAGCAAUAAGCCCGAUGUCUAUGUCAGUUUGUUCAGUUACAGAGAUUGGAUAGAAACCAAUUCAAAGGACAAGAAAUGA